UUCCCAUGUGAUGGACGGGAACAGGAAGAAGUUACAUGUCUUUUACAAAAACAGAAGAAUGGAAUUGGGAACGAGGAAUUGGAUGGCACAAACUCACGAAUGUUACACAUCAUUCUUUAAAAUAAAAAUCCACUGUCUGGCACAUCACAUCCAAGCCAGUUUAUUCCUAAAAUGAUGAAGAAUUUCGCAGCGUUAUUUCCAAUGAGUUUUAUGGUAAGCAGUUUAUUCCGAGCUGGCAGAAGUCUCCUGAACAUGGCAAAACCCAAAGUGAUUUUCGUUUUGGGGGCUCCAGGUGCGGGUAAGGGGACACAGUGCCAGAAAAUCGUUGAUACUUUCGGGUAUGUUCAUUUAUCAGCGGGGGAUUUGUUGCGGGAGGAGAGGGCGAAGCCCGACUCCAAGUACGGGGAACUGAUUGAAACAUACAUCCGCGAGGGUAAAAUAGUUCCUGUGGAAAUCACGUGUAGCCUCCUCGAAAAUGCGAUGAAAAAAUCGGGCAAGGAGAAAUUCCUCAUUGAUGGGUUCCCAAGGAACCAAAAUAAUUUAGACGGCUGGAAUAAAACACUCGCUGAUAAUGUGAAAUUGUUGUUUGUUUUAUUUUUUGAUUGCCCGAAAGAGGUUUGUGUUGACAGGUGUUUGGGACGCGGCGCUGCUGGCAGUGGCCGUUCAGAUGACAAUAUUCAAAGUUUAGAAAAAAGAUUUAACACUUUUACUCAAGAAACCCAACCUAUUGUUAAAUAUUAUGAGGAGAGAGGGUUGGUUAGAAAUAUCGACGCUACCAAAUCCCCCGAUGACGUGUUCGGGAGGGUUAAAGGCGUUUUCACCGAGGUUGAGGCAGGCGGCGACUUUUAAAAUCAAAAAAUAAGCUGGGGUUCCGUAUUGGGUAUUAAUAAGGUAGAUGAACAUUCCUCAAUCUUGAUUUGCAUUUAGUCUAGUCAGGGGCGUACCAUCUUUUUAUUAAUUAAUUUUUGCUUAAUAUCCGUGUACUAUACAUAAAGUACUUAAUUGUUACCUGUAGAAAUCAAACCGUUGCCCUUGCAUCAUGUGGGUCAUACAAGGCAAUAAAAUUCAUUAUUUGGCGACAGUAUUUGCUCAACAGACUAAGUGUAGGUAUAUGUGUCAUGUGCUCUAUUGCCUUGGAAGUGAAAUAAAUUUUUAUUGAAAAUA